AUGACAGAUGAUUUCUUUAACCUUGAUUUUGAAGUGAUUGCUAUUAAUCAUGUACAUAUCAAUUCAAUAGUAAUAGAGAUAGUGGCAUGUCAUCUGAUAAUACUCAUUAAAAAAAAGUAAAGAUAAAGAAGAAAAAAAAUCGACAAAAAAUACGAACCAAUCAAUGAAAACAAUCUUGUAUAUUGAUAUGAAGAUAAUCAAGAAUAGUAUAAGAAAAUUACAAAGUAUAUUAUUAAUUUAUUUAAGGAAACUGCAAAAUAGAGAAUAAGCUAAUAGAGUGAGAGGAAGGUAAAAGAAUUAUGGACAAGAUAUGGAAUAGAAACUACUUGAUAAGAAAAAAGAGAUAACUUUAAAUGUCAUUGCUAAAUUGUAAGCUGAAAAAGUUGUUCUAAAACAAUAGGUUGAAUUUAUGUAAAAUUAUGUCAUCACAAACACAUCAGAGUGAUAAAACUUUACAAAGAGACUCUCCUAAAAAUAGUUAUUUAUCUACUGUGACUGCCUUCUCAAUUAUAUUAGGUUUUGCACUUCUAAAUGGAGUAGGAUUAGAGAAUUAAUAAAUGAUCCAAUCAUUUCAAUUCCAAUCACAGUCACUCAUUCUAUUAAACCCUUUUAUUUGGUUCACCCAUAGCUCUUUGGCUCGUCUAUACUCUCUAUCUUGUCCAUUAAGUGUUUUUAAAAAGUAAAUUAAAAAAGAAAAAUGUUAUUUGAUUAUUUUAUAAUAUACACACAUGAAUUUGAUUGAAAAUAAUUAUCGUUCAUAAUAUGCUAUUUUUACAUGGGUUGAUAAAUAUAUUUUCAAUUCGGAAAAUAGGAUUUAUUGUGAACAAUUACGAAAUCUUAUAUCAAGCAUUUGA